CCAAGACUAGAACCAUGUGCCCUGUAUAUAUCCCUACUCUCCCCUAGUGGUAUUUACUCACAAUUGAUAUUAUAAUAACAGGUGUAAUUUUUCAUUGAACCUGUGUUUUAUUUCUUUGUUUAAAAAUUGGUAUUGUUCCCAGCUGGAAGCCUGGAAUUGGUGUCUAUCCCCUUUCACCUAAUUACCCUCAAUAACUUGAUUUUGUCCUCUGCAAUCCUCCCUCUAUCUUCAAGCUAGAUUCGUCGAUAUCAUGUUACAUAUCCGCUUCUCUUUUGAAUUCUGACUCAUCAGCCCGCCGGUUUCCCGCUCCGGUCACGCAUACGUAUUAGCUGAUAAAACAGACCGGAGCACAUAAUGGGAAGCAUGAGAGUGAAUCGUAAUGUUCCCUCACUUGUGGAUUUGUGCGUUCAGUUUGCUAUAUGUCAUGUUAGAUAUCUUCAUGAUGUUGGUGAAACAGACUACCAUCUACUCGAUCGCAUUUUACCUCACUGUACUAUUGAUGAGUUGGCAUGCAUUGAGAGGUCAACAGAAGGUAGAGAUCUUAGCCCUGUGACAAAUAAACUUUGGAAGAAGUUUUAUGAGAGGGAAUUUGGUGAAAAGAACACCAACCAGGUUGUUGAGAAAAUGAAGCAGAAAAGAUGCACUUUUAAGUGGAGACAGUUGUAUGAGGCAAAGUUGAAGGUCGAGGAGGAAGUUACACAAAAAUCCUUUGAAAGAAUCAAGGAUCUUUACAAAAAACAAGAAACUGAGAAACAAAACCGGCAAAUUAAGAUCUGUACAAAGAUUCCACCUUCUAGCUGUAGAAGAAACUUUUAUGGAGGUGGGAGUGGGGUUUACAACACAAAGAGUACAGUAAUGAAGAAGGCAAAGAUGGAUUACUUGAGAAGUCCGGAGUAUAAGAACUUAGCAGCUAUAAAGAGUAAGGCUGUGCAAAGAACUAAUAGCAUUGUUUUCUCGCCAAAGAAACUGGGCGGACCUGCUGUGAUGAUGGCUGCUCCUUCACCACCCAAACUGAUGAGACCAGCAGAGAAAGUAGCGAUGAAACCAAUGAAGAAUCCAGCAGGGAAAGAAGCGAUUACGCCAAUGAAGAGACCAGCUGACAGAGAAGCAUGGAGACCGAUGAUGAAACCAGCUGACAGAGAAGCAUGGAGACCCAUGAUGAAACCAGCAGAGAGAGAAGCACCAAAACUAAUGAAGAAACCAGCAGAGAAGAGAUUCUAGAGCCUCUCGAGAGCUCGCAGCUGUGAAUGAACAAUGCAGCUUUUCUCUAUCAUUAAAAGAAGACAAAUAUUUAUUAUGUCAUUAAUAAUGAUUUCUUAGGUGCUUUAUUCUAUAAAAGUUGUAUUGUAUCAUUUUUUAGGUGCUUUAUUCUAUUGAAGUUGUGUUGUAUCAUUUUUUCUCAGUAUGUAAUGUAUAAACAUUUCAAGAAAGAAAAAUAUCAACCAAGUUAAAUUUAUUGGGGAAACCUUCGGAUUUGA